GGAGUUAGUGAUUUAAAAAAAAGAGUACAGUUGUCGACUGCGAUGCUAGUAGUACAAUCUACUGAAUAGGCUGAACUGGUAGGCGCGAGUCCGGUACUAAAGUACUCAGCAAGCGUGGAUGACGAAGUAAAUCACCGGAGCGCGACGAAAAGUAAUUUGUACAAAAAACCAAACUCAACUCAUUGCGAUUGCUGUAGUAUUCGUGAUGUUUUGUCUGACCGCACAAUAUAUCGGCAGUCAUUGCAGCUAGACGUUUUUUUACGUCGCACUUUUAAUUCGCUUUUCGCCGGUACUGUUCCGCAUGCUUCUCGCGGCGAGGGACUUUCAGUUCUAAAAAGUUUUUUAGAUAGUCAAGUGCCGUGUACUCGGGUUGGAUGUGCAAUUAGUUUGGAUACUUAUUAUUUUAAAGUGGCAUCGCCGCAAGAAAUGGGUGUUUUCAAAUGGUUACGCCGGGAACGUGUAACAGUCACCACUGGCCACAUAAGUACACCGUCGCCCACUCCAAAUGAGCCCCCCACCCAAGGCACUAUACGCACCGAGGAGUACAAACGCGACCUAGCCGAAUUCCAAGCACGAAGGUCUGGAGGCAGCAAGGAUCUACAAGAAACUCCGAUAAAGAAGAAAUGCGGACGCCACUCCCUCCCCGUCUCCUGUACAGACUGCACCGGCGAUCCCGAUACAACGUUCAACUACGAGAAAAAAUCCGCCAUGAAAUAUAAAAAGAAAACCCAGAAUAAGCGUUCAAGAAACGCGCACUCGGAAGAAAAAGUUUACGGCGGCGUCCCAAACGUUCAAUUCCUAUUCCAAAACCAGGUGUUUAUGCCGGGAAACAUGUUCGGGGCGUCUUAUUCGGAACCUCGGAGAACAAAACACUGUCAUAGACAAAGAUCGCCGGAGUUCCUAGUUCAGAAACAGAUAGAUUUCAAAGACGAUCAACCUCCAUCACCUCCGUUCAUCUACAAGAACAAUUCGUUACGUUUCAACGCCAAAGAGUUUAUAAGUGAUCAUGAAGAGGUCGAUGGAGUGAACGCCGCUGGGGACGUAAAGGAGUCUAGUCAGAGUUCAGGGAGUCAAAAGAACGAUAGCUGCGAGGAGAAGCUGUGGGAGGUGAUGAGUGAACUGAAACACUUCGACCAGUGGGCUGACGAACAGUUGCAGGGACAGUCUUUGAACACGAGCAAAUCUGAUGAUAGCAAGAGCGACACAAGUGCGUUCGGUCUGCCGAUCGCCAGCGCCUGUAACCUGAACGUGACCAUAGAGAAAAGCAAGACCUGGAGCCACGGCCGGUGGGGCGUGGUGCCGGUGCAGCUGAAGCGACUGGCCGGAGUCACCGUGGACCAUGUGAGGAAGAAACAGUGCAUGGAGAUAAACAUAUUGAGAAAAUGUCGCCAUCCAAACAUAAUACUUCUGAUGGGACUCUAUCCGGAUGUCCAGAACAAUAUACACAUCAUCUGCGAGAGGUGUAAUGACUCUUUAUUCGGUAUCCUUCAUGUUCAGGGUCGCAUCCUCAGCGCUCAAACGUCGGUCCACUACGCGUUGGACAUUGCCAACGCGCUGGUCUUCCUGCGCAUGCAGGGCUUCCUCCACACGGAAUUGUCCAGCAUGAGUGUGAUGAUCACAGCGCACGACACUGCCAAGUUGGCUGACGUUGGCCCCUGCGUGAAAAUACAGGCUAAGAAGAAACAGAGGAAGGGUUAUGAAGAUUACUCGCCGGAACCGCAGUAUGUCAAUUUAACUGACACUCGUGAUUCCAGAACGGAAUUCGAGCCCCUAAUAUCCCAGAGGUCAUCCGAAGCGUAUAUCAGCGCCAACGCGUUUCCGAAACACUAUAAAGCUUACUCGGAGUCUGAACACUAUCGCUGGCAGGCCCCUGAGCUGUUUGAGCCAGAUGAGGACGGCCUGGUGUACCCUUGUUCCAAGAGCGAUGUGUACUCUCUGUGUGUGAUGCUGUGGGAGUGCUGUAAUGCUGUGCUGCCUUGGAAAUCACUCUCCUACGACAAACUCAAGGAACUGUACACACUGUGGAAGAUUGGAGUUACUCUACCUCAAGACGGGACAUACCCCGGCUCUCUGCUAUCACUGUUACAGCAAGGUCUCAUGCUGAAAAGAGACAAACGGAUCGAUCUAGCUUCGCUCCAGUCUACUUUACAAGCUGUUCAGCUACAUCUCGAUGAAAUUGAUUACAUAUUAAUAACGGCGAGACUAUCCAAAAAGAAGAGUAGUUUCAGCACGCAAGCGUGGGACACGACUUCCCCUACAGAUUCUGAAUGUGUUAGCCCCAAGAACAUCCAGCACAAAGCAGAUGUACAUACAAGAGGUAGCUGCACCUCGACAGAUAGCGAGAAAGAGUCCAAAAGCCCGAUAUACGAUACAAUUCGUCAAGCCAAUCAAAUGAGUUCAUUCGCCACCGAAAAUUGCUUUGUUGCCGAAGCAGAUGUACCGGACAACCUUCCAACACCAAACUACGAACAUUUACAAGAAAAAGAUUUCUCCAGCGCGUGCUCCACCCCGAUAGCCAAACUACGGGCGAGAAUCAAAGAUAUAGAAUCACCUGGCACAUUACAUAGGACCGAUUCCACGGAAUAUUGCAGUAUACUCAGUCCAGAUGUAAGGAAUUUUGGUCACAAUGACGAGAGCAAUAAGGAUCAAAGUGCCGAGCGUUCGAUGGCCAAACUCAGUCGUAGUUUCACUCCCAAGUCAUAUAAACCGUUGCACAUAAAAGUGCCCGAUUUCAAUUUGGAUUCUAUAAAGGAUAUAUUAAAAGAAAAGAACGGCUCGGAACGUUCUUCGUACAAUUUCGAUAUAAAGAAUUACAGUUUGCCAACUACGCCUAUUGCUCGGAGCAAUAAGUUGAGGAAAAACGCUUGGCUUUCGGGCGAUUUGAAUGUAAACAAAGUUAAUAUGAAAGACAAGGAAGAAUCUUGUACGACUAGUACUGAAGAGAAUGAUACCCAAAAGACUGACCAAAUAGUAAUUCCUACAAAUGUUUGUUCGGAAAAGGAAAGGAUCUUGGAUGGACGGACAUGCAAUGAGUUGGGUCGAAAGGAAAGUAUUUCGUGUGAAAGCAUUAACACGAUUUCUACACUGCGGGAUAGUUUUACAGGUCUUAGAAGAAUAACGGACCCACCCCACGACUUCUCACCGGACAUAUUAGAACCGCCGGUGUUGGAGAGGGCGAAAUCCCUAAACUGUAUGAAAAACAUCGGCAUAACCAAAUAUAGAGUGGAAGAGGAUGUGCUAGCGAGCGUCAACGUUAAGCCGCUGGUAGCAAUACAUGAGAAGUGGAUAUAUGAGGCUAACAAGAAGACCGGGCGCUCUUUGUCGUUACCUGAAGAUAACAGGAGUACAGUAACAGCUGUAAAACCCGCGUCCCACUGCGUGGACACGUUGCAAAAGUCUCUGCCGCAGCUGAACGUGCGUAGGCCGAGUGCGGGCAAGACAUUCCGUCUACAGCCCGCGCCUAGUGCUGGAAAGAAUGGUAGCCAUUGGGAACAAUACUGUAUAGCACGAGAAGCAAUCUCGAAUAGUAUGAAAUUUCAUCCGCAAGAAAAUACAUUGAAAAAAGCUUCAGAAAAAGGAACUAUAACUGAAGACAUCAAUAAAGAGCCAAUGGUUGACCGUUCCACUGACACGUUGAGCAUUGAAGAAUUCAUAAAGGAUCUUAUUCGCAAAGAGUUUCAACAUCUAAUAAGUGAAAUAUCGGACAAUGCUUCAGAAUCUACGAGCAGUUGUCAUAAAGGCGACGAUAUGUUAAACAAAGGCGUAGCCAACAUAAUGGAGUCAUUGAAGAAUGAGGACGAAAUCAAAAAGGAAUCAAUGAAAUCCUUCUCACGUAUCAAAAUUAAUGGAAACAAUAAACCCUUGUUACAAAUAACUUUUAGUCGUUCUGGCGAGAAUAGUUUGCAAGUUCUGGACAAUAGCGUGAAUGUGACCAUAUGUGACCCCAACAGUGGGGUUGGGAGUGGGCGGGAUAAACUUAAUCUAUCAAUGGAAGACACUUUGACGGCAGAGGAGAUUCAUAUUAACACGUUAAAACGCUGCCAAGCUUUUAAUGCUAUACAGGAAGCUCGCAGUACCGAGGACUUGUACAUAGAUGACGACUUGUCGACGCACAUGCAAGAGAACUUUGGUGGCAAAGUGAAACUGAUCCCUCUACACGGCUCACUACAUGAAAUAUUGUGCGAAAGGGAGGACGACUGCUGCCUUCUCAAGGUAAAGCAGGAAAACGGUUGCGACACAAUCUACUUCCGAUGCGACAACUCCGAUACUGAAUCCAGAGACGCCAUCGACGGCAGCGAACGACCGAAGGACACUGUGGUCUACAAACGCAGUAUAUCCUUAAUAGAGGAACGUAUACAGCGCAUCUUCCCCAAGGACAAACGGCCGAACCCCUCGGCGGCGUUGAAGAAAUUUAAUGACAAGCUCAAGGCGCGGCCCAAGUCUGAAGUUUUCACCAAAACCAUCAGCAAGGAGACGCGUGCUCUGAGCAACAGUAGCCCUUCUUUGUCCACCAACGACGGCAAGACUGAUGAGGUCGAGUUAAACAUAGAAAACGUGAUGUGCUACCAGGAUUCGUCUUCCGACGAAUGUCUCAAAUGUCACGUGGAGAAUGACGACUUCGAGACUUUGGAACGCGAGAUAGAGGAAGACAUAGCCAAUAACCUGUCUUCGCUCACUUGCGGAUGUCUUGAGAAGAUAUCUGAGGAGAACCUCUCCGUUAUAAACGAGGACACGACUGACGAAAACUGAUGCUGUUGAUUCAGAUAUUUUACUAAUCGUCAAUCUAAGGAACAAUAGCUUUUAUACGAGAAAAGAGCAAUCUUAGGUCACGUUGGUAUUGAUAGGCUUGUAUUGAAAACAAUCAGUAUCGUCUCGUAUCAAGCUAAGUUUUCGAAAAUCGAUCGCUAGAACGGACUCUAAUAACUUUAACUUUUAAGUCAAUUUUUGCAAUGACGGUAUAAUGUUCUCGUAAACGUCUCCAUAAUCGCGGACGUACUAAUCCGAUAUGAGAGGCACAGAACCUAAAUGCUGGUUAUUAAAAUAAGAACGUUACCUUACCUAUUGGCAUUAGUUGGUCAUUUUUAUGGUAGAUCAAACAACUGAACAAAUCCGUAACAAUUCGACGGAUUAAUAUUACUUCGUCGUAAGUUUGGAAUGCAACAUCGGCAUUAGCGGUAACCUGCCAUUUCAUAUGAACAUACAAAGAUUAUGGUAUUACAAAUCUAUACAAAGUUAGUCAACAAAAUUCCAGCGUUACUUUUGUUAAUUAAAGCCAAAUCGGCGUGAGCAAUAGUCUGUCAGUUAAUGCAGAUGACGUAACGUAAUCUUCUGCCAAAUGCAUACAAAUUAGGCGGAUUAACGCCUUUAUAAAAAUGUCAAUUUUCUCGUAAGAGCGUAUCAAAAAACUUUAAUAAUUUAAUAAUUGGAGACCAUACAAUAGAGAGUAUCAGUCCAAUAUUAUUGAAUUAAAUUAUGAGGUUCACACAUUUUUUAUCCAAUCCGAUAUCACGCCACGCUACGCGUGUCAAGUCAUAGUCAGACUAUUUAUAACCAUAGUGCUACACCCAUAUUGCUGGUGCUGUUGAAGGUUGCUCCUGGUCAUUCAAAGUACUAUUUGAUUUGACUCAACAUGCGAGGCGUUGCGUGGUGAUGCGUAAUAAUAACAAGUGCUACCAGCAUAUGACAACGAUUAGACAAAAAUUUUGGGCUGGACCCUGUAAAUGUAUUUUAACCGAUCUAUGUCCGUUGCUGGACAUUGGUCCUUUGUAGAAAUAUCCUCACUCCAAGGUCUUUUCCCGCUCGUAUCCAGCGACACUUUAUAUCGCCUGCCCUCCUAAUGUUUGAAUCAAAAAAUAUCAUCGCAGUAACAUUUUGAUUGUUUUCGAUUCAAGUUGAUCAUAUACCAAUGCGGUAUCAAUCAAUAUUUUUUACUGUUUGUUUUUAAUAUUUUUAAUUCGGCAUAAAAUGCUGAUUCCGUGGCUGGCCGUCCACUAUAUGAGUACAAAGAAUCAAUAUUUUUUUAAUUAAACAGAUGACACGUUUACAAUCAUUUUCCAUAAAGUGGCGUGCAUUUACCAGCUAUUUUCAUUAGGAUUAAGUGAGUGUAGAAAUCCUUUAUCGUAUUUAUAUUCUCUUAUACACCAUUAUCUUAAAAACUAUAUUUUAAUUAAACUGUAUAAUUCUUGUGUGUUUUUAUGAGAAAAGUAAGGAAAAAUAGACUAUGGUUGUUUUUCCAUAACAUCACUUGUAUUGUUAAUUUUUUCUUGCCUGUCUUAUAUUGUAAAAAUCUAAAAAAUCUUCGAAAUCACCGCAACAAGGCAUAGUAUCAAACUAAUUCUUUGACCAAGGUUUUAACUGCUAAAUAAUUUGUUAUUUUAAUUAGUUUAGACCUAAUUUAAUUUUUUUUUAACAUAUUUUGGACUAAAAAGUAGUAAAAAUGUAGUUUACAUUUUAAGACAUUUAAGAAAAAAAUUACUAUCGUAAGGCAAUGUUCUUUCUCGCCUCUAUUUAAUGCACGCCACAUAUCUUAAGCCAUACCGUUCCGUCCAUAGUUGGCAUUUAGAAAACCCAAAGAUUUUUUACGUUUUUAUAGGUUUUCCUUUAAGAUUUUCCCAUUUUAAUCUAUUUUUUUUAUUAGUUUAUAAUAGUGAAAGGCUAUGUGAUGUUAGAUUAAGUAGCACAAAACAUUCCACUGUUGUGAUUUUAGAUUAGUUUUUCACGAUUUUAUUUAUAGUUUACGUUUUACUUUUCACUGUUAAUUUUUAUAAUUUCAAGGCGGUAUUAGAUUGUUUAUUAAAAGAUUAUUUCUGAUUCAUCAAUCGCAGAUCAGACUUAACUUGAAUUUUAAUCUUAACCUAGAAAUAUGUGUUUUUGACCUCAACAGGCUGUCCAAUUUUUACCUCACAUUUUGUUAAAAAAAUAGCGGUACCGAGUUUUAAACGACACUAUUGUUUGGUACUAACUAUUAAAUAUAAGAUGAAACCGGCAUAUAGCUGCCUGAAACACUUUUAUAUAGAAAUGCAACGUUUUGCAAAGAUUUCAAGACAAUCCGUUGAGUAGUAUUCGAGGUUUGAACAAUAAUACACUAACAAAAAGUGAAUUUUAAUGUGACUAGAUAUAACCCUAUUACUUAACUAAAUAAUAAACUUCAUCUAUUGACACUAAUCCAAUCAAAAAUUAACAAUUUCGAUUUUUCGGCUGUUCCUCGGGUUGUUUUUAAUUUUAGUUUUUCCUAAACCGCCCGCCCCUGUUAGCGAACAAAACCAAAAAAAAAUCUCUAUACCAUUUUCAAAUUAUAGCGAAAUAGACACAGCAAUUGUUUUAUAUAUAUGUAGAAGAUACAGAUAUGAUUUCUUAUAUCAAACUCCGUAUGAUGUAACUUUAAAUAAAUCGCUAGUUUAUGUCAUAAAAAUAAAUAAACGUUCACUUAUAUGAACAAUCUAAUUCCGCCCUUAUGUUUAUUUAAUUUCUUACACUAAAUUUAUUCAUCUCUGCAUGAACCAAAGGAUACUUUCAUAGUCUUUACACGCAGUUUUAUAAAAGUGAAAUUUUAAAAGAUUUAAAAUUAUUUAUCGAAAAUAUUUAAGGAGCAUUGUUACUCAAGAGUGUAGUUGAUUUUAGAAGUGAUUUGUUUGAAAAAAUAAAACCUCGUUACUGAUUAA